AUGCCCGUCGGUUCACUCGUCCAAUGGACGACUCUGUUUUCGCCCAUUCAACGCAUGGUUAAUCAAUGCCCUGCCGGUUCUCGGGUUCCAGACCGUGAUGACGAGUGGGACCCUGUAAUGUUCCUUGAAGCUCAGCCUACCACGAUUUUGCUAACCAUGACACCAUUGACGAUGGGAAUGCGUAUUGCAGAGUGCGUCUUUGUGCCUGUGGCGGUUGUCGCGGGUUCGUUUUGUUUCUGGUCUGGGAUUGUUUGGAUGCUUGCAACUUGCAACCCACUUUACAUGGUCAAGAUUGGGAAACGUGUGCGCGUGUACGGAGUAUCGUGGAGACAUUAUACAUGA